UGCUUGACAGGAAUGCCGAAUUGUGGCGUUGGCCACGCUGUCCACGAGAGGGACCGAAAAAGUCGUGGAAAGAGCUGGGAUCCUCUAUCAAAUUGAGUUUUUGCCUCAAGAUUUCGAUCCUUGCUCAGACUUUUCCGGAGUCAAUUGAUGAUGGUGGACAUGGAUAAUCAGAGUGGAGGCGGUUCUGCGGCCAUGGGCAACCUCUUUGGCUCGUUGCAACGGAGUAAUGCGGCUCAGCUCUCGCCUUAUCUGAACGUGGAUCCCUCCUAUCUCCAAUCCGCCACGCCCGAAUUCAUCCUCAACGAGGAUAACAAACGCGGCCGCAUGGAGAACUCUUUUACGGCCAUUGGUUCGUCAGUCAUUAUCGGUUCGACCGUGGGCGGACUCUACGGUCUCUUCGACGGCAUGAGAAAAACGGCCGACAUGAAGGGUCGAUUGCGGCGAACGCAGGUCACGAACUACACGUUAAAAUCCGGAGGCAGUGUCUCCAACUCCCUUGGGACGGUGGCCGUGAUCUAUAGCUCCUUGUACAGUCUCAUCUCAUUGCAACACGAAGAUGACGACGAGAUCAAGAGCAUCGUCACGGGCGGCCUGACCGGCGCCUUGUAUAAAUCGAGUGCGGGUCUGCGGAAAUGCGGCAUGGCCGGGGCCUUUGGUCUGGGCUUGGCCACGCUUUGGGUCAUGGUCUUGAAGAAGGAUGAGCGCGUGUCCAAUUAUAUGUGAACCCGGCCCACACAUGUGUGACCAUGAAGCAUCCCGAGUAAAUUCAUUCUGGAAGAGAUCCUCUGAGACACGCCCUCCUUCUUCCCCUCUCCUCCCUCAUUCUACUCAUCAUUGCAAUGGACUCAAAGUGUCAUGGAACAGUGUUUGAAUUGUCUUGUUCGCAGUUUUUGAUGUCCCAUUAGAUUAGAUUGGCAAUAAAUUCCUACCCGAUUUGAAUGUU